UUCCCCAGCUCCCUCUGUACACUGUCUCUCGGGUUCUUGCCGGAACCUGGUGCCCCCGGGGGAGGUGACGGGGGCGCACCGCAAAGUGGUACGGAGCGAUGUCCGCAGCCACGGCGGCAUCGGGCCUCGAUGUGUCCCGGACAGCGGUGCUGGCGGACGGCGGCGGAGAUCCCGUGCCCAAGAACCGCACAGGUCAGUGCAGCCGAGCCUCUCCACCUCAAGGGGGCACCUUCCAAGUUAUCGCUGGCAAUGGUACCACUAUUGGGACGAUACUGAUGUUCCAUUGCCCUAUAGGCCACCAGAUGCUGGGACAAGGCAUCGUUACUUGCAUCUGGAGAGAGAAUGGCACAGAGUGGACAAAUGGGACACCAACGUGCAAGGCUCUGCCCGUCUAUGAAACCUUCGGGUUUAAGGUUGCUGUGAUCGCGUCCAUUAUAAGCUGCGCCAUCAUCCUGCUGAUGUCCGUCGCGUUUUUAACCUGUUGUCUCCUCAAGUGUGUGAAGAAGAACGAACGGCGUCAAACGGAAAGAGAUAUGCAGUUUUGGUACCAACUCAGAAGCGAAGAGCUGGAAGAUAUGCAGGCUGCUCACUUUGGCUACAAGGGACGAAACAACAGCAACAACAAUAGGGCCAGGAAUGUGUCAGUGAGCGCUGGAGAGAAUGCAGCGGCUGCGUAUGACAACCCAGGCUUUUCCAGGAAUCAGGAAGACCAUGUAGGAUGGAGAGGGAAUAAUGUGAACACUUACCAGCCAAAUGAAAAUGACUUAUGGUCCAUGGAGCAACGAGGCCAGAUGCCACAUGGAAGACAUUUCCUUCCACGAGUCAGAGUUGGUCUAUCAACAGUGAACACAAUUCACCUGUUUGAAGUUUCUGGAGAAGACAUGAGGAUUCCUAAGAAACCUACAACAUACAUCCCUGGUUAGCCAAAAAAGGACAGAACUUUUUUGUGGGACCCAGACCAGACACUGCAAGGAGACCUCACUCUAUGUGCCUUAAAAACUCCAUUGACAGGACAGUGUCAGGCAUUUGUUGGGAUAAUUAAUCUAUAUCUGAAGAUUGUAUUCAAACAUGCUUCUAGGAUUAUUAACCUGAGUAAUAUAACCAUUGUUGAUAAUGAACAGUGAUGCUGGCUAUUAGCUAGCUAAUCAAUUGAAAUCAUAGCUGUCACCAAAAAAUCCUGUUGUGAUCUUACACAAAAAUGGAAAUAGCAAAUUGUCGAUUUUACUGCUUUGAAUGUCAUCAAGGAGCAUAACACCUUUCAGCUGCUGAAUUCCUUUAAGCUGAAUUUCUUUUGUAAACUUACAAAUGGGGAAACAUUUUUAAAACAUAUUUUUGCACAGUAGAAUAAGAAAAUGACAAUAAAAUAUUUCUU